AAACACAACGGUAGAAUGAAAUUCUUAAUUGUCUUCGCUUUGGCUUUGGCCACCGCCUCUGCCUUUGAUUUGCGCAGCUCGGAAAUCGAAUCACGCAGUGUUGUAGUUCCUGUUGUCGAGCAAGAAGGACGUAUUACCAAUGGCAAUACUGCUUCGGUUGGUCAAUUCCCCUAUCAAGUUGGUUUAUCCUUGAAACUUAACGCUCUUUCCUCAGCCUGGUGUGGUGGUUCUUUGAUUGGCAAUCAAUGGGUUUUGACUGCUGCCCAUUGUACCGAUGGCAUUCAAUCUGUUACCGUCUACUUGGGUGCGACCGUACGCACUUCGGCUGAAGUUACCGCUACCGUAACCAAGGACAACAUUAUCAUUCACUCUGGCUGGAAUACCAACACCUUGAAGAACGAUAUUUCCUUGAUCAAGAUCCCCUCUGUGGCUUACUCUAGCAAAAUUCAAGCUGUUAAAUUGCCUGCCAUCUCUAGCUCUUAUUCCAGUUAUGCCGGUGAUACUGCUAUUGCUUCUGGUUGGGGUAAAAUUUCUGAUUCUGCCACCUCUGUUACCAACAACUUGCAAUGGGCCCGUUUGAAAGUCAUCACCAACUCUGUGUGUGCUCAAACUUAUGGCAGCUCCAUUGUUACCUCUACCAACAUUUGCGUUGCUACCACUGGUGGUGUUUCUACCUGCAAUGGUGAUUCUGGCGGUCCUUUGGUUUUGGAAUCUUCCAAGGUACAAAUCGGUUUGACUUCCUUCGGUGCUGCUGCCGGUUGUGCUAAGGGUUACCCAGCUGCCUUCACUCGUGUGACCAGCUACUUGGAUUGGAUCAAGUCUAACACUGGUAUUUCUGCUUAAGAAGUGGAUAUAUUGAGAAUAUAAAAAUAACAAUUUUGAGAUUAUGAAAAA